AUGGCUGAUCCCACAUUGUACCUUUACACCUCGCUUACUGCCGGCUCCUCGCACAUCAUCACCGCAACAUCUCGUCUUGAGACCAUACUGAAAGCAAAUAAGAUUCCUUUCAGAGCGCUUGACUGCGCAACAGACGAGAAAGCACGCACUACAUGGAGCAGGAGGUCGAAAGGAAGAAAGCUCCCCGGCCUUGUCAAGUUUGGCCAGGUGAUUGGCGACCUUGAACAGAUCGAGGAAUGGAACGAGUUUGGAGAGCUCCACGACCAGCUAGAUUCUGUUGAUGACUUUUUCGAAGACCCAGGCGCAGCUGCCAACCCGAACACGAUCAGCUUACGCCCUGAACCUGGUCCAGGAGUUGCCAAUAAACUCACACCCAUUCAGCCAGGUCCCGGCAGGAAACCAGAUCAGACUGCUACUUCGAAUGCCUCAUCUCGAGCCUCCUCCGAGUCACGGCAUAUCUCGAUCUCGGAGCCUGCUGCAAAGGAUAGAGAGGCAAAGAGUCCACAGCCCGCAUCAGAAAAUCCCAUGACAAUGACUAUGCGGCAGCUGGGAGCCGAAGCAGCUGCGAAGGCAAAGGAAGCUUCGAGAAAGACCUCGGGAACUACACCUAAAGCCGUUCCAACUCCGUUGUCCACUGAGCAGCCAGCGACGGAGGUGGCCCCGACUGUCACUCCUACAUCAGCCAAAGAACGCGAAAGUAGUGAUCCUAGCCAGGAACCUGAGGUAACUGCAGCGAAAACCCCGGCACAACUGGCCGCCGAAGGAGCGAAAAGAACUAGCAUUGACAAAAUUGAAUCAAAGUCUGUUACCCCAACUUCGCCAACUUCCGCCAGGGCAACAACAGCCGAAACAAACGAGGAGGUCUCGGAACCGGCAGUCACGAGUGCUACAAAGAGCACGGAAGAACAAGUGCUCGAUCUGAGAAGACAGAGUACACAAGUCGAACAGCCUUCAAGACUUCAUGAGUCCAUAUCAGCAGAGCCAGAUGAUGAGGUUGCGGGCAAGUCAGACCAAUCUGAGGUCAUGGCGGAGGUGGCGGCAACGAAGACCGCAACGCUUCCCGAUAGCACCGAUGUGACAACGUCAAAAGCAGCACCGGACAAGGAUACGGAUAGUGGGAAAGUUGACACUUCUCCAAGUACAGAAGCUUCGGCGGAACAAGACGCUGCCGAUCCAAAGAUCACUCCCGCAACCGGUGCCACACACGAAUCCAAGCCGAAGGACCUACCUGUCCAGCCAUCGCCUGUCAACUCCGAAGAGCCCUUAGAUUCAGCAGCCUCCCCUGACGCCACACCACAUUCACUUCCUCAGCCACGCUCACACCGCGGCUCAUCUGUAGAAAUUGCAGACAGGGCCGAAGUUCAGAAAAUUGAAGAGCAGAUCAAAAUCGAGGAGCAUCCUGACGAAGACGAGGUUGCAAUUGCCGAAGAUGAUGCUCCUUCCACUUCCCCUGAGAAGAAGGACGAGACAACAACGCCCACGAAAGCUCGACCGGCGGCAGCAGACACCAAGGCUGGUGCCGAUGCGAAGGAGAGUGACAAGCCACAGGACACAGCGGCGAAAGACCCGGAGGCUGCUGCGAAAACAGUUCAAGAUUGA